AAAAAAGGAAAAAAAAAGAAUAGGAAAGAAAAGAAAAAAAAAAAGAAAAUUAACAUGUCACCAGCACCCAGCACUGUGCACGAGCCUCUCCUAUCAAAAUCUUCGCACGCAAAAUUGCACUCUCGCCGCAUUUUUCCUCGAGUUUCCGCGUAUAGGACGACGCGUAUACGUAAUAUCAAAGUAGCAAAGAGAAAGAGAGAGAGAGAGAGAGAGAUAAAGAGGAAGAGAGAAAGAAGAAAAAGUGAAAUAGUAAAGAAUUUUCAACGUGUUCUUAAUCGCGAUCGGUGUCCUUCUUAGUUCGAAAAGUCCGUUUUUGUAUAUUUUUCGGGACACCUGUUGAUACCUCUCGCCAUGCUAUAUAAGUACCACUUACCUUUCUGGAAUAUAAUGUCGUUCGUCAAAUACGAUAAUAUUACUCUAAUGCAUUGUAACUGGCCGAUAUUUAUCGAAAGUAUUAUUUAAAAGUAACAUUACGAAAGCGUAAACGCCCAUCGAGUCGUCUCGACGUUAUACGUGGCCGCCAUAGGGGGUGGCCUCGUAGUCGAGGGAGAACAAGAGAGAGAGAGAGAGAGAGAGAGAGAGAGAGAGAGAAAGAAAAAGAGAGAUAUAAAAAGAGAUGAAAGUGGGAGAGAUAAAAAGAGAAAGAGAGAGAUAGAGAGAGAGAGAUACCGUUUAGCCGGUAUAUCCGCGAUACAAGGUCGUCCUUUUUACGAGAGAUGUCCUCUUCUUCCCUCUUCUUUCCUCUUGUUCGCGCAUCAAAAUUUUAUUAUCCCCAUCGAGAUACGUGCCUGUUGAUAUCGCGAUAUUCGCACGCGCGAGAAAGAGAGAGAGAGAGAGAGAGAGAAAGAGAGAAAAAGAGAGAGAGAAGAGAGAGAGAGACUCGAUCGUUAACGUUAUAAAGUGCUCUUAUAGCCGGUAAAUGUAACGGGAUAACGCGUUGUAAUAUAGACAGGAGCUUUAGCACGUAAGAGCACCUUUUCUAUUUUAUUUUGUUGUUGUUGUUGCUGGUUAUUUUUCUUUCUUUGUUCGUUUCUUUGUUUCUUUCUUCUUUAAUUUCGUUUUCUUUCUUGCUUUUUUUUUCUUUUCUUAUUGCCCUAUUGUUCCUUCCCUCUCAAUCUAUUUCUCCGUCUUCUUCUUCUUUUUCUUCGUCGUCAUCCUCUACUGCACCAGUAAUGAAACGUUCGAGCAGAAAAACCCAGACGCACACAUACACUCACGCACGUAUGUACCUUACGCACGUUUGCCGCACAGUCCAACCACGUUAGACGAAGCUCUAGUUUCGUAACUCGUCGUUGCAUAAAGCCGACAUUUUUCCACGUUCCCCGUGAUCGUAAUAAAAGGGAAAACGUUGAAAAGAGAAAGAAACAAAAAGAGAGAUAGAGAUAGAAAGAGAGAAAAGAAGGAAGAGAAAGGAAGAAAGAAAGAUAGAUAGAAAGAAAGGGAAUACACUCUCGUCAUUAAGAAAUAAAGAAGACGAGAGGUGACGAAAUAUAAACGUACGAAAGAGAUUCGAAAGAGAGGAAAUAAAAAAAGAAUAUACAUAUAUACGUGUAUAUAAAUUUAUGUAUGUGUAAUAAUAAUGACAAGAAAGUGAAAUAAAAAAGAGAUAGGGAGAAAAAAAAAAGAAAGGACAGGAAAAAAAACUAUAAAAAAGAACAGAAGAAUAAGAGACGAGAAAUAUUUUAACGAGAAAUUUCGUUCUGGCCGUAAACGAUCACGGAUGGCACGUUAAUAAUAAUUUCCGUCGAUUGUUAGUAAUAUGGCACCGAUCUCAAUUCCACUGUCUUUUUUGUCUUUGCACCAUCCCCCGUGCAUCCACCGCACGCACGGCGAACUGCACUUGCAUCAUCAAACUUCCACCAUCCGCGGCACUUUGAUGUGUUCCCGUACAAAAAAAAAAUAUAUAUAUAUAUAAGAAAGAAAAAAAAAAGAAAAAAAAAUAAAAACCAAGCAAACAAAAUAGGAAUGAAAAAUUAGAAAAAAAAAAUAAAAAACUAAAAAAAUAAAAAAACAAAAUUGACCCUUCUUUAUUAUCAAUUAACGACCUGAUUUCAGGAGGAAGCCGCUGAAUCGCGAAGACGGGAAAAAAACGUGCUCGACUCUACCCCCUUCCAAACUACCCGUACUACAUACACGUGCCUAUUCGAUCUAGAGGACUUUAAAGCUAGUAACGAUUACGAACGAGGCGAAAGAAAAGAGAGAAAGAGAGCGAUACACCGGUAAUUGAAAUCGUCCGUCUAGAGUCUAUAGUAAAAGGCCAUAGGGAAAGGGGACUAUAUAGCGAGAGAGAGAGAUAGAAAGAGAAAAAGAGAAAGAGAGAGAGAGAGAGAAAGAGAGAGAAAGAGAGAGAAAGAGAAACACACGUACCAACGAGAAACAGUAGUGGAAGUGAGAGACAAAAGAACGACACGACAUUUCGAAGUUUGUAGAAACAUCAAGAUUCUUCGCUAUCCAAAUCUGGUCGAUUUACCACCGUUCACCGGUCUUUCGCUAUCUCUUUCUCUUUCUCUCGCAUAAGAGAACCCUUGGUAUUUUUUUCUCGCUGGAUCUUGAAAUAGUAGGAUCCACAUCCCUCGGUGUGUAUAUUUGACUGAAAGGAAAAGUCGGCCUAAUCCACGUUCGGUAACACCGAUUCCCUCUUGUAGAUCGGAAAGAAGGGAAAGUAAAGAAAGAAACUGAGAAAGAGAUAUAUAUAUAGAGAGAGAGAAAGAGAGAGAGAGAGAGAGAGAAAGAGAUAGAGAGAGAGAGAUAAAAAGAAAGAGAGAGAGAGAGAGAAGAGUUCGUUUUUUAUCAAGAGCGUGGUCCACAUUAGAAAGGAUACGCAUUCGUAUAUCCUUAUAAAUCGCUCGUAAAAGAGCAACCGAUAGGGAGGAAAGGAAUCGGCCAUCAUCGAGUCACGUAAGAUGACGAUCUGCAUAGUCUGGCUACUAGCAUACGUUGGACAAGUUCUCGAACUAGAAAAUCGUCCGAUGAGCGUUGCUCACGGAAGACACGGCCAGGAUUGUCAUCACGAGGUAAGCGUCAGGAAAUUCCAGAACGGGCAAAGCUCGAUAGAUGGCAACCUGUUGCACCUAAAGACGCAUCCUUACGAAGGAUCACAUCGCGAUGACCUGUCCGAGUGGCUGGUAUACGCCGAGAAACGGCCAAUUUACUCGUGGGCAACGAGCGACAUGCUAGUCGAUGGGAUUAUGAAGGAACCUAAGGAUCUUAAUGCGAACUUCUUGGCUUUCUCGCCCGGUCUAUCGAACGUCCUUUAUCCGGAAUACGUGGCCGUGACGUCUCCGUACGUCUCGGUUAGUUCGAUGUCGCGAACAACGACGGAACCUCUCGUCGACGACGCCCUUCUUGCUCAGCAUCAGCAUCGCUUUCAACGCCAAGACAAACAGCAAGAACGUCAGCACCAUCACCAACAGCAACAGCAACAGCAACAACAACAACAACAGCAACAGCUCCAACAACGCCAGCAACAGCGACGUCAGUUGCAUCAACGAAACAAAAAGAGACGGAUAAUCGAUUACAGCAACAAUAAGCAAGCCGAGAACCAAGCGGUCGAGCUACCAAUUUUGAUCUACUACAACGGCGAGAAGAUCCUUCCAGACAGAAGACUAUCUGAUCAAGAGGAUGUCUACGAGCAGAGACUGAACUCGCCGAUGAAAUUGAAGACUGAACCGAUCUACGAGCGCUUCUCCAAGCCUUCUUCUUUGUCUUCUAUCUUCUCGUCCUCACUCCCAUCUUCUCCUUCAUCUUUUUCUUCUGCUUCUACUUUACCCUCUUCGCAAGAAUUUUUCAACGAUGAAGGACUCGCACCUUCGAAGCCUUUUAUACACGAGAUUAACGAUCCUUCCGAAAAAAGGAAUCAGAUAACCAUACGACGACGAUCGGUGGAUUUACCAGGGGAAUCUUCUGUCUCUCACCAAGCCUUGACGCCGCCUACAUCCUCCUUUACUUCCGGAAGAUCAAGCCUAGCCUCGCAUUUUAUAAGGUCUAUCAGGGGGAGUAGACAUUACGACGUGCCGCAAAUCGAGUGUCCAGCUUCGGAGGAAGGGAUGGAGAGGUUUGCAUGUCCUACGCCGGACAGAAUGGGUAGAUAUCGUUGCAUCGACGACCAUGUUCUAUGCGACGGCUUCACGGACUGUCCGGCGGGCGAAGAUGAAAAUAUGCUGCACUGCAUGUUUUUCAAAACUACGAGAGCGCAUCUCGACGUCUUAGCAGACGCCAUAUUGCGAUGGGCAAGAGGACGCUAAUCACUUUAUUAUAAACGAUGGAUCUCCAUCGCAUAUAUAAUGCCUCAUCGAUGUAAUUUUUCUCUACUGUGUUAAUGCAUUCCCCGAAAACAGAUUACUUACUUCUCUCUCUCUCUCUGUCUCUCUCUCUCUCUCUCUCUCUGUCUCUCUCUCUCUCUCUCUCUCUCUCUCACUGUC